AUGAAGCUCUCCAAUGACAUUUUUCGUAAAUCAUCUCGAAAUGAGCACAGAAACAAACGCACAUCCAUAGACUAUCCGGACGAUUUUCUGGCUUCUCCCGCGUCCACUCCGAACACCUCUCCUGUCUCACCAAAACGACUCUCUAUAUCCGAUUUUUCUUCUUUUCGUUUAUUUUCUUCUCCUUUUAAUUCUCCUAAACGCCAUGAAAGCACACAUUCCCGUCGACUUCCUACAACUCCGGAGUGUCCUCAUUUAUCUCCUUCCCGUCGUACUGCCUCUUAUACCGUGCGAUCAUCUCCUGCCCUUCCUACACUGAGGUCUGAUUAUUCAUACGAUGCUAACGCGAACGGGACGGUUUCAUCGUUUCCUAAUGCUCUUCAUACAAACUUCUCCCCGAGUGACCCGUUAGAUAUAGAUCCUUACCUCAUGUCCCCUGGUACAGAUGCGCAUCGCCCUUUACCAGAAACACCUUCUCCAACGUCUCCUAUUACUCAUCCUUUGCCUCGUCCUCCGCUUCUGAAUGUUUAUUCAAACAAUUCAUCUCCACAGAGCAGUAGUUCUUCCAACAGCUUUUAUUCUCUUUAUAAUGAGCAGCCUCUUUCCUGUUCUCCUGAACCUUAUUUACCUCUUUCCCCUACUCGCUCUCCCUCUCGAUCUACAAGUCCGUUUCGUACUGCAAUGAAUGAGGCUAAAAAUAACUCUGUCUCUCAACUUGACUCUUAUGGAUAUUGGAGCGAUCCUUCCUUUACUGAUUUAACUUCUUCUCCUAGUCCAGCGAGUUUUUCUUCACCCAAAAAAGAACUACACAUUCCUAGAGAGCUUCCUAAGGUUCCUGCCCGUCAAUAUGCGUCUGGUGACAUUUCAUCUCCUUUGAUGUCCAGUUCAUCAAGACCCACUCAAGCGAAUGCUCUGUUUGGUAGUUGUCGUGAACCUUGGUCACUAAAAAAACUCUUCUCCUGGUGCAAAGAAGAAGUUUUCCCUGCUCUUGGUGCGAUAACGACUGAUGGUGCACCGCGUCAAGAGGUUGCUCAAAUAAUGGCUAUGUUAUUUACAAUAUCAGUUCCUGCUAUGGAUUUUCUCAUUGCUGAAGUCCUUGCAAAAAAUAUCAUCAGUGACUGGAUCCAGAACGGAUAUAUGAACGUUACUAACCUUGAAAAGCUAUCUAUAAGUUUUGCUGAUGAUAAGUUUCCUUCAUCCGGUGGUGUACUUCCUAUUUUAACAAACGGUGGGUGCUAUUCAUACACCUGUCGUUCUAAAUCCUCUUCUUCCAAGUAUGCAUGUUACAGUUGUAGGUGCAUAAGAAUAUCCACUCAUGGAUUUACUCGCUCCCAAGGGGAGACUGAUGACGAUUCUUGGAAUAUGUUCUGGAACCUUUCACCUCAGGAUUCAUUGCCCUCAUCACUCACGAAAAAGGAAGUUGCUCGGCAAAACAAUAUCCAUGAACUUAUUUGUAAAGAAUCGGAUUAUGUUGCCGAUCUUCAUACGCUUGCUGAACUUUUCAGGGAUGGGAUUGUCCAAGAGAACUCGAUUGUACCCAGUAAUCGAGUGGCUGAUUUUAUACAGUCUGUCUUUGGAAAUGUUGAGUCUAUUCGUCAGCUACAUUCGCAAUUUAUUUUACCCCAGUUAAUCAUAAGAGAACGAUUGCAAGGACCGGUGGUGUCUUUAAUCGGUGAUAUUCUUCUGGAGUGGGUACACUUGGCUAAGACAUCGUACAUAAAUUAUGCAAAGCAGUUUCCGUUGGCCGAUGAAACUUACAAGCUGGAAUGUCAACGAAAUACCUACUUUGCUCGUUGGUUAGCAAAUUGCAGAUCAGAUCCUCGAUGUCGUCGACUGGAUUUUCAACACUUUUUACAAAGACCAACCCAACGUUUACAAAGAUAUACCCUCGAAUGGGAUACCAUUCUUAAACAUACAGAUCCUACAAGUUGGGAUUAUCAAUUGAUAAGCCAAGCUGAGAAAGAGUUAAGGGCAACCUGUGAAGAAUGUGAUGCGGUAAUUGCUACAGUCUUAGAAUCUAAUCGUAUCCGUGAUCUUUCAUACCAAUUAUUAUUUAAAAAUCAUGAAGGUAUUAACAUGGAAUUAAGAGAUCCAGAACGAGAAUUUUUUUUCGAGGGACCUGUAUUCAGGAAAAGUGAAUCACGUCUUGAUUGGAUUGAGAUUCACAUUUUUUUGUUAGAUAAUUAUCUCAUCAUGGCCAAAGCAAGAAGAGACAAGAGAGCCAAUUCGAUGAAGUACUUGGUGUCCAAACGGCCUAUACCAAUGGAUCUUCUAGUAUUAAACCCGUUGAUAGAAGAAUGGAAUUCAAGAUCUAGCAACUUUUUAGGAACUUUAACUAGCAACUUUCCAUACGAUGGAACUACGAACGCUAGGUCAAAGAGAAAAAGUCGCCUUAACUUGGAUACUCGUAAUGAUUAUAAUUCUGACAAGAUAAAUGAGGGUACCCUGAACAAUUUAACACCCGAAAAACCACAUUUUUAUCCUUUCACGGUAAGGCAUCUUGGUGGAUUCUCCUCAACCUAUACUUUGUAUACGGAAUCUGCACAACUCCGAAAGCUUUGGAUGGACAAAAUCAAUUUUGCGAGAAAAAGACAUGCUCAAAAAAUGCACAGAAAAAUCCCAUUCACCUUGCAAAUAGUUACUGAUGUUUCUUUCCAAUAUCCACCUGCUGAUAUAUCUGGUACUCUUGACUCGCCUUCUCGAUCGCCGGAAAUAGCUUUGGUUGAGGGAUCGGUGGUGGACCGAGCAUUGACAACGGCGGCUUGGAGCUAUCCUAUACACAACGAGGAUGAUCUACCUGAAGCCAUUAACUAUGGGGAUAUAACAUGUAUUUCUCAAUUCGGAGGCACGGAUGCAAAACUGUCAAUCUGUAUAGCUACUACGACUGGCGUCUUUCUUGGCUCUUUUGGAGGUAAUAGCAAUAUUCGUAAAUGGCAUAGAAUUUCGAGUCAUAGACGAGUAACGCAAAUAGGGUUUUUAGAAGAGUUUGAUUGUUUGUUGGAGCUGCGUGAUCGAUCCAUGUAUGCCCAUAGACUAAGCCGAGUGAUUGAGACCGGAACCCUAGAGCCUAAAGUUGCAAUACCUGUUGGUAAUUCUCACAAUAUUUCCUUCUUUAAAAUCUCUAAAUUAACGGAAGGUGCAUCUUUAAAACGAGAAAGGACUCUCAUCUUUUUCAAACAAGGAUCGGGCAAUUCCAGUUCUAUCCAUUGUUGUGAACCUGUUGUUGGGCUUGGUCAUCAUAAUCAAAAAGCUUACAACUUUAAAUUAAAGAACGUCAGUUCUUUCCGCAUCCUGGAAGAAUUUCGAGUACUUGCGGAUUGCUAUUCUAUCAAUUGUUUCAAGUACUCUAUAGCUAUCAGUCGACAAAAGGGAAUUGAUAUUGUACGGUUAGAUCCAAAGUUGGCUGUCAGUUUUCCUAGUCCCUCUGUUUUGGCCGAUCCUCUUUAUCGCUCACGCUUGAACAGUUCGAAACCUCUAGGAGUAUUUCGUGUUUAUGAUCCGGCGAUAUUUGCUUGUUGCUACCAAACUGGAGCUUUGUUUGUGAACGGCGAAGGAAGUUUAGUUAAAAAGGAUGCGUGGCUGCAAUGGAUAGGUAGACCGAAUUCAAUUGCGUGUUACGAAGGAUACCUUAUGGCAUUCAGUGACGAUUUCAUAGAGAUAUGGAACUCUCGUUCAAUGAAGCAAGUACAAAUCAUUCAAGGAAACAAUAUCAGACUCCAUUCUAGCAACAGUGAUUUGUUACCUGAUGGAAAGCAUGUCAUGUUUAGCAUGACACAUCCUCAAUUUCAUGAUCGCCAUUUAAUUCUUGCCUUAGACCUAGUGGAGGAUGAAAAUCUAAUGGACAUAUAA